AAAAAAAACUUACAAAUAAAAUAUAGAUAUAUUUUAAAAACUAUUAACCUGCGCUAAAAUAAAAUUGCGUAUUUGUAACCUGAAUUUUUCUGCAUAUCCUUCAAAUAAUAUAGAACCCUGUGAUUCUAAGACUGCUUUAUUGAUCCUUAUUCCUUCAGUUUCCAGUUUAGUAAAUAGGAAAUUUCAAAUUUGUUGUGAUUACAUUAAUUACAACUACAAGUCACUAGUGAAGUCGAAGUUCAAAGUCAAGUUCACAUUACAAGCGUAACAAGGGGGUUGUAGGCACUUGUAUUGAAGGUUGAAAGAAAACAAAAAUAAAGGGACCAGACCAGUUUAAUGAUGGAUUUAAAAGUAUUCAAGGUGAUAUACUAAACACACAUAUACCAACCAUUUCAAGAGUAGUGCAGGAGCAAUUAAAUUGUAGUGGCUUAGUAUUUAAGACCUUUAUGUUUGUCUAGUGUCAUAAAAAUACUGGAAAAUAUCUAUGUUUAAUAACAUUCAAAAUUAAAAUUCUGUUAAUAAAGACUCUUAAAUAAUUGAUAUUAAAUAUGGAUGACAUGGAAAAAAACUUGAGUGAACGCAGGAAUGUCAUAAAAAUUGAAAAGAUAGAUUGGUCAGAUACUUCAGAAAACAGCUUUACUGGUCAAACUUAUGAAUUAACAUUUGCAGAAGAGGCACAGGCAUCUGAAGAACAAAUUCAUUCAACAUCAAUAAUGGAUGACAUUGGACAAGACUUAACCAAUGAUCUCAAAAAUGUUAUAAAAAUUGAGAAGACAGAAUCAUUAGAUUCAGAGACACAAGAUAUGUCCUCCAGUGGUCAUACUUUUGAAGAAGAAGAGACAAAGAAAAUAAUGGUGAACCAGAAUCAAGAAAUGAUUUUAAACCAAGAUGUAUAUGCUACAAAUACUCCCAACAAAGAUGAAAAUGAUGUAAACUUAAAAGAUGGAAACAAUUUUUCUUACAGCAAAAGAACCCAAAAUAAGAAAAAAUCUCAUAUAGGUACACAAACAUUGUCUACUUCAUCAAAAGUAAAAAAUAAGCGAGUGAUUCGCUCAAGUAAAAAGUCACUACAGUGUAAAAUUUGUCAGAAGGUGUUCUCACGACCCUUUAACUUAAAAAGUCAUGAAAAAAUACAUUCUGGUCAAAAGCCAUUUCAAUGUAAAGUUUGUCACAAAGAAUUCAUUCAGUCCACUCACUUUAAAAAUCAUGAGCUAACACAUUCAGAUAUAAAACCAUUUAAAUGUAAAAUUUGUCAGAAAGAGUUUGCUUACUCUUCUAGCUUAAAAUGGCAUGAGAAAAGACAUGAUGGCAUAAAAUAUGCAUGUAAAAUUUGUCACAGAGAAUUCAAUGACCCCUCUAAUUUAAUAACUCAUAAUAAAAAACAUACUGGUAAUAUGCCAUUUAAAUGUAAAAUUUGUCUUAAAGAGUUUUAUCGGUCCCAUCACUUAGAAAAACAUGAGUUAAUUCAUUCUGGUAUAAAGCCAUUUAAAUGUAAAAUUUGUCAGAAAGAAUUCACUGAGUCCUCUAACUUAAAACACCAUGAGCUAAUACAUUCUGGUGAAAAGCCAUUUAAAUGUGAAAUUUGUCAGAAAAAAUUCAAUCGUCUUGGUAACUUAAAAUCCCAUGAGCUAUUACAUACUGGUGAAAGGCCAUUUAAAUGUCAAAUUUGUCAAGGUGAUUUUACUCGGCUUGCCCAUUUAAAACGACAUGAAAAAAUACAUUCAGAUAAAAACAACUAUUAAGUGUGACAUGUCCAAAACAUUUGUUCAUUUUUAGAAUACCUUCUUUUCGCCAUAAACCUUUUUAAAUAUCACGUUUCAUUUUGACUUUGUUACAAUAUUAAGAUGAAAAAAAUAUAAAUGUUUUUAUUUUGUAAUACAUAACCUAAUGUUAUAUAUCACAGGCAUAGUUUAUUAACAUUCUGAAGUUUGAAGAAACUAUAUAUAUAUAUAGCUCCUCAUUUGUGGUCGAGGAUGAUCACAUCUCUCAUAUGUAGUCCAAUCCUUGCUUUAAAAAGCUGGCCACAUACAAAGCAAGGAUAAUUUGGGUCUAAUGUAGAUAUGUCUUUUCUCAGCCUUUUGUUCUGCGUUCUUGCUGGCCUUACUCCUUGCUUUGUAUCUUGAGACACAGAAACUUUUUUUCAUGUUAUUAAGAGCAUUUUUCCAGCCUUGAAUCUCCAUCUCACACUCCUUGUAAGCGCUCAAAUGGUAUCGUUAUAACUCUAAAUAAUAUACUCUCUGGAAAAAGAUAUUUAACUUUUUAUUGAGAACAGGCAUUCCUUAAUUUUAAAACUUCUAUUAUAUGUAUCUCAUGACCAUGCAGUUAUAUAUCAGAAAAACUUAACAAAAUCUUUAAGCUUUAAUCAUUUUCAUAUGAUACAUAUAUAAAUUGAGGAAAAUUUGUAAAAUAAGAACUUUUAUAAUUUUUUUAGUGUUUUUAUUUUUCUUUCUUUCCUAUUUUCUUUUUAAAUAAGUAUGUUUUUAUUAUUUUCUAGUUUGUCAAAUUACUGUUUAACACAAACUUCACCUUCAUCUAUCCCUCUGUUUGACCAUUGGGGCACCACACAAGAUCUUUGAACUAUCUUUCUACAUUACUCUCUGUCCUUUGCCUUGGAUAGAAUUUUAUUCACCAACAAGCCUGGCAUCGCUUUCUCUGUCUUCUUCUUCGUGGUACUCUUCCCUGAAGGAAUGUUUUUGUGAGCCCUGAGGACCUUGUAAUCUGGCCAUAGUGUUUGAGUUUACAUUUUUUGACAGUGCUUAGUAGGUCAUCUUUGGGUCCAAUAGCUGUAUUAAUUCUGAUUCUAAUCUCUUCAUUUGUGAUGCUGUCUUUGUAAGUGACACCUAGGAUCUUUCUGUAGAAUCUUAGUUCCAUUUCUAAGAUCCUCCUCUUGAGAUCUGCAGUCAUCGUCCAAGAUUCGCAUGCAUAUAAGAAUGUGGCGUGACCAGGUAGCACAUCAUUCUGAUUUAGUGUCAAGGGCAAUGCCUUUGUCUGUCCAGAUUGUUUUGAGUUUUGCAAGUGCUGCUGUAGACAGCAAUUCUGGCCAGUAGUUCAGGUUUGGUUCCCUGAGACAAUGGCUCCAAGGUAUUUAAAGCUACUGACACUUGUCAGCUUUUUGCCACCAAUGCUGAUGUGCCUUUUAUAGCCCUGUCUUCUAUUGGUCAUAAUGUGUUUUUUCAGCCUUGAUUUGCAUUCCAUAUUCUGCAUAAGUCUUGUCUAUGUGCGUCACCAAGUCAGCUAAUUCUUUUUCUGUCCCUAAUAGUUCUAUAACAAGUAUUUGACCACAAAAUUUAUUGAAAAAGAACAGUUAGAAGAUUCACUUAUUUCUAUGAAAAGUUUAGAAAAUCAAAUUCAAUGUUUUCAUAAAAUAUUUUGAUGUUUUUGUAACAAAAAUGAGAAAGCAUAGUAGUUUGUAAUAAGUUACUAGUUAAAAUGAAUGGCUUGCCACUUUUUUUUUAAAGAAAGUGUUUAAGAAAUUACAUUUAAUGUUGGACAUUUUUUUUAAAAAAACAUUAUUGAAAAUAUAAAUUUUAUAAGCAUAUUGAAAAUAAUAUUUUUACUUGUUUUACAUUACAAGUUCUCAUAGACAUGAUAUAUAGUAAUCAUUAAAACAAUCUGUUUUGUCAAUUUGUAUUUCAGUUUUAUAAAUAAUAAAGCCCUUUUUUUUAGUUACCCAAAAUCUGACUUUUAGAGACAACAAGGUUGCUAAGUAUGACCACUGUAUUUUAGAAAUCACUUUGGAGAAAUAGUUUGAAGUAUUAAAGAUGGUUUAUGCAUUUAAUACAUUUUACUAUCUUGCAGCAUAUCAGUAACAAUGAUGGUAACAUGUUAUAUUUAUUUCAAUAUUGAAUAAAAUGCUAAAUAUUUUUUUUUUUUUUUUUUGUGAAAUUGCAAAACGUGUUUUUUUAUUACUUAUUAGGAUAAAUGUAACACAAACAAAAAUGUAUAUGCCAUUAUAUGUAAACAAAUUUUAUAACUUGUACCUUGGUAACCCUGUCAGUUCUGUAAAUUUGGAAAGAAAUGGUUUAAUAAAUUGUUGUAAAAUUAUUAUUAUUUUUUUUUUUGAAAUGUUACUUUUUCUUGAAUUAUGUACUUUUUUUUAAUUAGUUAGCAACUCAUAACAACAACAAUGGGGACAUGUGCUGCAACUGUAUACAAUUGUAGCGAACAUUUUUAGUAAUAUUUGAAUAGAUUUGUUCUUCAUUUUAAAAGUACUUAUUCAGAGUUGCCAACAAGUACGCAUCGCGUAUUUUGUACGCAAAUGGACACGAAAAUACAAAUUUUCCCUAUCUACGGAAAAAAAAAGUUGUUAUUGCUAAUUCUAUAUAGAUCAGUGCAUCAAUGCAUGGAAAUGGACUAUUCUUAAUCUACCACUAGAUAGAUCUCUUAGUACCGGUAUCCCUUUUUUUUUACGAUUUAAAUGUUUACUAGAUUGUAACUAGAUCUAGAUCUUACUGAUCUAAAUAAAGCGGAGUUCCUUUC